UUAGCUAGCACUAUAGAGCUUUUGUUUUAAAAGAAAAGAAGAGGAAAAUGUUGGCAAAUAAAGGAGUUGUAGCUGCCAUUUUGAAAACGCUGCGGCGUACUUCCAACAAUGGAAUCUCCCUUGCGCCCUUUACCUCUGCUUCCAACAAUGACUUUAAGAUUCGGAGCACGGACGAAACGGCAGACGGAACGCACCACCGAACAAGUUCAGUGGCGGAAAGCUUAAAAGAGGGAGCAGUAAAGGCAAUGGAAACGGGGCUAAACGUAGGAGAAAAGGCGAAACAAAACAUGGACGAGGCAUUUGAUGCGGCCAAGGAGACAACCAAGAAUGUCAAGGAUGCUGUAGUUGAUGAUCAUGCUAAUGAUGCGAUGAGGAAAGGCUAUCCGCACACUGAUAGUCAUACAGAAAGCUUGAGGGAACGUGCUACUGGUUAUGAUUUGAGAGAUCGUAACUAGUUAGCUACACUUCUUGCUUGCUAGUUAGUUAGUUUCUGUUACUAUUUUGAGUUUCAAGCAUGAGCUAAACUACAUGGUUCUUGUCUUUCUAUUAAACAUCAAAUUGCAAUCUUGCAAGUCAACAGUUGACUUGACUGGAAAACUAUGAAA